CGUAGUGCAGUGCAGUCGGGCAGUUGCAAAACAUUUGUAUUACUAAGGUGACACUUAAUUCCCGACUCAUCACUCAACGGAUGAUGGCGUUUCAUAGCGAUCGUGUACCUAGUUGGCAAACGACGCGUGGUUUGCUGGGCUGGUGCAUUGUUUCAACUAUGCUGCUGUUGCUUCUGCUGGUUCCGAUCGUAUCGACAGCCGAGAGCUAUGGAUACGAUUCGGCGUCGUCCUGCGACCCAACGAGAGCCUCCCGCCGGGGACGUUCACAGCUCCUCAAAACCAUCCCCUGCGAUCUGAGCGUGCAGGCGUACUGCAAUCUGCCCGGUUCCGCAUAUCCCUGGCAUGCCGUGCGUCGGUUUGUGCACGAAAACCAGGGCCUGAUGCGCCGGAUGUACGGCGACGUGCGGCACAUAUCGGUGCUGAAGGAGGAGUUUGAAAACAACGAGAUCGACAUUGACGAUAUCGAUCGGGCGACGGAGCGGUACACGAGACCCUCCGGCCAUCUUGGGUCGGCCGGCGGACGGGAUGGCAAGCGGAUGAAGUAUUUGCGGCCCUCCUCGCCCCACUACGAUGGAGCACCGGGUCACUAUCCGCGGGACAAGAGCAAUGAGAUCCCACUGAAUGAGCCUCACUUCCGACCGACCCAGACGAAGACGACGGUUACGACGACAACCACAACGACGCCCAGUAGUAGUAGUAGUAGUAGUACCACGUCCACUGACAGCAGUAGCACUACCACAACCAGCGCUACCACGACGACUCCGACUGUAGAGUCGAGUGAUAUCUCUACCACGGGUAAAAGCACUUCAACGACGACUGCGAGCAGUACCGGGACGAGUACGACCGUUGAGUCACCUCCGCCGAAAAAUGGUAGUCCAGCAUCGGUAGGGCAAACAGUGCCGUCCUCCACGCAGACCACAUUGGAGCUGCAGGAAGCAAACCCAUCAGUCGAGAGCAAAGUGGAGCAGCAGCAUGCAACUACUACCAGUACGCCGUCUACCGCCGACAAGAUCUCCCCAGUAGCUGGAUCCAGUGUUGUUCCAACCAACAAGAACUCCAUUCAAGCUGCGGAUACGGAAGCUAUCGAUAUGGACGCACUGUCUUCGCUAGCUAAGCUGGAAACGAAUGAAUCGUUACAGGCGACCUUCGCAUCCGGCGACAAAGACGUGGAAGAGACGGUUGUAAAGAUAUCCUCCACUCUGAAGCUCGCCUCGUCCAGUGCACCCGAGAAGGUAGAUGAUCGGAAGGAACCCCUGGACUCUGUCACAGAGAGUGGCGCUAAGGCCGGCGAGAUCGAGUCCACGAUCGGUAGCUAUCCCAAUGAUCGGCAAGAUACUGAAGAGGCAGUAUCCGACGAUAUUACUGCUGACGACCACGAUUCACUGAGCAGCAGCAGUAAAACGGUGGCAGAAUCGUUGAUACAACAUCAGCCGAUUCAGACGACCAGCAAUGUACAGCAGCAGCAGCAGCAGCAAAAGAUACGAUUUGAGAGCAUUAAACCACACCCGGGAACGGUGACGGGCAGUUCGACGUCGGUAAAGAAGAUAUCCAACCCCGAGGGCCAACUGUUUCAAGAUGCGGCCCAGAAAGAACCGCCCGUCGUUAAUGGGCGCGGAGUUAACGCUUGCCCAGUGAAGGAGGAGGUAGUGGCACCGUUCUGGGCCAACAAUACCCGGGGCGAGGUGCUCGCACUGCUGAACCUGUAUCCCUUCGAGCAGUACGUGCACUGGGAGAAGUGCACGCACGAGCUGAAGCAGAUGUACUGCCGCGAGGGCUGUCGCUGCGAGCAGCAGUACCGAUUGCACCGGCUGCUCGCCUACGAUCCGCACAACGAGUGCCGUGGCAUCUUUUCCGACUGGUUCCGGUUUCCGUCCUGCUGCAUCUGCAAGUGUUACGAUAUGCCGUUCGAUUUCCGCGUCACCUCGCGCAGCCCUCGGUCGUUGACCAAGGAGUCGAUCGAGCUGGUGGAGGAUGAACUGCAGAAUGCCAUCUACGAGCAUGCGGCCGACGAGUGGUACCGACCGAAGGAACAUGACGUUGAGUAAGUUGCAAGUGUGGGGAAUGGUAAGGGCGGGUACACGCGCGUUGCACACUUCCCACACCACCAUGUUGCGUCCAAAGGCUAGUGAUAAAAAUGUGAAACUUUUUUUUUACUCUUGUAUCGUGCGGUUCGAAGGAGGUGGAGGAAAAGCUGGUAGGGCUACGUUCGGACUGUUUUGUUUUUGUUUUUGUUACAUCGUACUGUAACACAUACGCGAAGGGAAGGAAACGCAUUAAAACGUAUAAUAAAUGUAACGAUUGAACGCGUCA